AUGACGCUAAGUGGUCCCGUGAAGCAGCAACUUGAAGCCGCGCGCGGCUACGUUUACCCGACAAAUGGAGCACUCGUGUCCGUAAGUGCCAAAAAGGGAGCAGUGGGCAACCAUUUGCUUAAUGGCUACCGUCAUCGCAGCGCGAAGGUUUGGCAAUUUCUUGGACACAAGCUGGCGGUUAUUACAACAGCAAAGCAGCGCAAGCGGCUACUCGAUGUUGUGGCCAAAGGCGACUUGGCAGAUGUAAUGGAUGCUAUAAAAAAUGCUGCUGAUCUAUCCGUCAAGAACUCGCUAGGCCAGUCGCUAGUUUACGUAGCUGCCGCUAACGACUUCCAUCUUGUUCUCACGCUGUUACUAGAUCGUGGUGCGAACGCCAACGAGGUGGCGUUGGAUGGCACUUCACCCAUGCACGUCGCUUGCAAUAAUAAUCAUGAUCGCUCGGUCAAUAUUCUUCUCAAGUAUAAUGCGCGCACGGAUGUGGUGGCGCUCAAUGGCUAUUCACCGCUACAUCUUGCAGCUAAGCAAGGUCACUCGAAGGUCGUUGCCGCCCUGCUGUCAGCUCGAGCAAAGUGCGAUUUUCCAGUUCAGAACUCAGCCACAACAGCACUGUUGCUGGCAUGCAUGGCUGGACACUCAAAUGUCGUGGAACAGCUGCUGGAUGCUGGUGCCGAUCCGCAGGUUGAGGACGCGAAUGGAAACACCCCCUUGCAUUUUACUAGUCGUGAUGGCAAUUAUCGCGCCACGUAUCUCUUGCUGACCGCGGGAGCAGAUCCAGACAUGCCGAACGAACUGGACGAGACGGCAUUUGAUAUGGCUGAGAGGCGUGGCCAUUCACACGUACAGUAUCUGCUGGAGACUAAUGGUAUGGGUGUGGACGACAAGACGGUGGAUGAAAUGGACUUAGUUUGCGCACAGAAUGCGCGUUUAAGUGAUACUUUGGCCCAAAAUCGACCUGAGAUUGCCGAAGUAAUUGUCAAGCUUCAUAUGAAAUAUGCUGGGUAUCUAGCGCUGGGUGUGUUGCCUGAAGACAAGCAGGUGACUGAAUUUCUAGAAAACCCGAAUCAGCUUGUUUUUUAA